AUUUAAUCUGUAUAUUUGUAAACAAUUGGUUACAGUUAAUAUAAUGGUGUCACAACAUCCAGCAACAUGAUCUGCUUUAAUAUUUAUGCUGAAUAAGAUGAUGCCCUGGUACACCUCAGAAGUCGUAAGCUGCCUGUUAAAUGCCUAAAGUUCUUUAGCGUCUGCUUGCCAUGUCUGAAAAUAAAGUAAAACGUUAUGAAAAAAUAUCAUUUUUGGGUGAAGGACAGUUUGCUACUGUCUAUAAAGCAAGAGAUAUUACAAAUGGCACGAUCGUAGCAGUUAAGAAAAUUAAAGUCGGAAGUCGAACGGAGGCAAAAGAUGGCAUUAAUCGCACAGCCAUUCGAGAAAUUAAGUUCCUGCGAGAUUUAAAACAUCCUAAUAUCAUUGGAUUACUUGAUGUGUUUGGUCAUAAAUCCAAUGUAUCUCUUGUAUUUGAUUUCAUGGAUACAGAUUUAGAGGUUGUCAUCAAAGACCUACAAAUUGUUUUGACUCCUGGACAUAUAAAAGCUUAUAUUAUCAUGACUCUACAAGGAUUAGAGUACCUUCAUGCUAACUGGAUUUUACAUAGAGACUUGAAACCAAAUAAUCUCUUAAUAAAUAGUGAAGGUGUUCUGAAGCUAGGAGAUUUUGGUCUUGCUAAAAAUUAUGGCUCACCAAAUAAAGUAUAUUCUCAUCAAGUUGUUACUCGUUGGUACAGAGCUCCAGAGUUAAUUUUUGGUGCUCGCAUUUAUUCGACAGGCAUUGACAUUUGGGCUGUAGGUUGUAUAUUGGCUGAAUUAUUACUCAGAGUGCCCUUCCUUCCAGGAGAAACUGAUCUCGAUCAACUGAAUCAUAUCUUCAAAGUGCUUGGUUCACCUUCGGAAGAAGACUGGCCACAUGUAUCUACCUUGCCCCAUUUUGUUCAGUUCAAACCUACACCUGCCAUUCCUUUUCGAGAUAUUUUCACUGCAGCUGGAGAUGAUUUGAUUUCAGUUUUGGAAAAAAUGUUGGCUCUAAAUCCUCUCAAGCGUUGCACUUGCAAAGAGGCACUGAAUAUGCCUUAUUUUAGUAAUCGACCUGCUCCUACACCUUGUUCACAACUUCCGAUGCCUAGUGGAAAUACAUACAUGCCAGAAGAUACUUCAACUGGACAGUCACUCAAAAGAAAGAUUGAUUCAGAUUCUGUUGGAUUGGCAAAAAGAUUAAUGUUUGAAAUAUAGUAAUAAACAAACAUGAUAUUUCAGUUAUUGAAUUUUUGUAUGAUUUGAAUGCAUAUGUGUACAACUGCUGCUUCCAUUUUAAGUUUACUGGGGGGAGAGGGAGUAAAUAUUUUAGCAAGUUGUAGCAUAGAAAAUCUCAAGAUUCAGUUAAAUUAUAAAUUUAUGAUUAAGUUAAUAAAAUGCAUGCCAUAUAAAGGGAGGAAGCUCUGUCUUGCUUUCUUUAAUUCUUACUAUUGAAAUUUCAUGUAAUUUUCUAAAUUUUUGAACACUCAUAAUUUGUAUUUGAAUAAAUUGGAUGAAUGUACCGUAA